AUGGAGAAGAUUGACUUAUCUACUAACUCGAAGAAGAUCCAGGACCUCUACAACAAAGUGGUUCGUGGUGACCAAUCGACCACCUACGGUGUGUUUUCGGUUGACAAGAAUGGAGUGCUCGAUGCUACCAGCGGCGGAUCAGGAGAUUUGGAGGAAUUUGUCUCCGAGUUCUCUGAUGGUCAAGUUCAGUUCGGUUUGACUCGUGUGACUCUUCCGGGAUCUGACGUGGUUAAGAACCUCUUGCUUGGUUGGUGUCCCGACAAUGCUCCAGCAAAGUUGAGAUUGUCUUUUGCGGCCAACUUCGCAGAUGUUUCGCGUGUUUUGAGCGGAUAUCAUGUUCAAAUCACCGCAAGAGAUUCUGACGAUUUGGAUGUGGACGAGUUUCUUUCUAGAGUGGGAGCAGCUGCUGGUGCAAGAUACGGAACAGCCAAUGCUGCUCCAUCUGUCAAGAAGGCUUCGCCACAACCAGUGCCUGCCGUUGUUUCGAAGCCUUCAAAGCCUUCCUCUUUUAUUCCAAAGUCAACGGGGAAGCCCGUGGCCCCAAUUACUCCAAAGCCAGCUUUUAAGUCUCCUACAGUGAAGCCAUCCGAGCCAACUGCUCAAGACGAAGAUGAAUGGGGAGGAGAGAAAGAGAUUGAAGAAAGAGACUUCGAGAAGCAGCCUCUAGAGUCUGUUCCUUCUGCUUAUAAACCUACUAAGGUCGAUAUUGCUGAGUUGAGAAAGCAGAAAUCUGACACCAUCUCCUCUAAGAUAGCUCCAUCGAAGCCACAAGAGAGCAAGUCUGAACUGGCUGAACAGAAGACUUUGAGCGACAGAAUGAAAGCAUUUCAGCUGGCUGGCGAUGACGGAAGACUUACGUCUUUACCAAAGCCAAAGGUUAACCACUCCGUGGCUUCCCGUUAUACUGCUGCUUCAUCCUCGAGUUCUGCGCCAACUUUUGGUGCUAAGCCACAUUUUGGGCAGUCUUUGGACAAGAAGGAUAAGUUGGUUGGUGGAUUAUCUCGUAAUUUCGGUGCUGAGAAUGGCAAAACACCUGCUCAGUUGUGGGCUGAAAAGAGAGGUAAGUUCAAGGAUGUCAAUCAUGAUGAGGAACCAGUCCAUGCUUCUAGUACGUCUGAUUCUAGGGAAUUGGAGUCUGAGUUUAAGUCUUUUCAAGUGAAAGAUAAGGAAGAUGAUAAAGAAACAGAAGAACCAGCGGUCGCUCCAAAGGAUGAAGAAGAGGAAGAAGAGGAAGAAGAGGAAGAAGAGGAAGAAGAGGAAGAAGAAAAACAUGAUUUCAAGCCAACUAUCAUCAAGCCGGCUGUUGGUGGCUUCCCUGCUCCACCGAAGAGAGUCCUUCCAUCUGCCCCAGCUGAAGAGGAGAAGGAGGAGGAAGAGGAAGAGGAGGUUCCUGCUCCAGCCCAUGUUCCUUCAUUGCCAGCUCGUAACUUGCCCCCACUUCCUACCAGAGAGGAGCCAAAGGCCGAACUGCCAACACCUUCUAUGCCAAAGAGAGAAACUGAAGAAAGUAAGGUUGGUAUCUCGGCUGUUGCACAAUAUGACUACGAGAAGGAUGAAGACAAUGAAGUUGAGUUCAAUGAAGGUGAUAUUAUUGUGGAGAUAGAAUUUGUUGACGAAGAAUGGUGGUCGGGAAAGAAUUCUAGAACUGGGAAGACCGGGUUGUUCCCAGGUUCUUAUGUGACAGUUCAGGAUGAAAGUGAACCUGCUGAAAAACCUUCGAGUGCUUCAGAGGCCCCUGCUACUGCUACCGAUUCUCCUGCUGGUUCUGAAGGAAAGACUGCUGUUGCUGAAUAUGAGUACGAAAAAGAAGAGGACAAUGAGAUCACUUUCGCCGAGGGGGACUUGAUCAUAGAAAUUGACUUUGUUGACGAAGACUGGUGGUCUGGUAAGAACUCCAAGACUGGAGACGUGGGAUUGUUCCCAGCUAACUACGUCAAGUUACAGUAA